AUGCUGGUGGGCGACUCGGGGGUCGGCAAAACCUGCUUGCUGGUGCGGUUCAAAGACGGCGCUUUCCUCGCCGGCAGCUUCAUUUCCACGGUUGGAAUCGACUUCAGGAAUAAGGUGCUGACAGUGGAUGGGGUGAAGGUGAAGCUGCAGAUCUGGGACACAGCCGGGCAGGAGCGCUUCCGCAGCGUCACCCACGCCUACUACCGGGACGCGCACGCCCUGCUCCUGCUCUACGAUGUCACCAACAAAGCAUCGUUUGACAACAUCCAGGCUUGGCUGACAGAGAUUCAUGAAUAUGCGCAGCAAGACGUGGUCCUCAUGUUACUGGGAAACAAGGUGGAUUCAGCCCAGGACAGAGUGGUGAAAAGGGAAGAUGGAGAAAAAUUAGCCAAGGAGUACGGCGUGCCCUUUAUGGAGACCAGCGCAAAAAGUGGCCUCAAUGUUGAAUUAGCAUUCACAGCCAUUGCAAAAGAACUGAAGCACAGGUCCAUGAAGCUGCCCAACGAGCCCAAAUUCAAGCUCCACGACUACGUGAAGAAGGAAGUGAGAGGCUCGGGCUGCUGCAGGUCCUAA